CGCGGCGGGACGGCGGGAACCUGGGGGCGAGCGCUGCCUGCUGUCCGCGGACCGGCUCCGGAGGCGCGCGGGCCAGCAGCCGGUACUAUGGGCGCUUCCUCUUCCCGAGGACCCGGCGUCCGGGGAUGCCCCGCUGCGCUCAGCUACGCUUGCGCCAACCGGGACCCCGCAGAGCCGCGCGGCCUCCCUCGCCGGGUGGGGGAGGCGAUCCCGGGGUCGGAGCUGCAGCUCUGCAGGCGCCCACGUGGUGCGGAGAAUGCAGACUUGAGAACCUGCAGGAGUGGAGAUUCAACAUGAGUGACAUUGCCUGCAAAAAACGAGAUGACUAUUUGGAGUGGCCUGACUACUUCAUGGCGGUGGCUUUCUUAUCAGCACAGAGAAGCAAGGACCCAAGCUCCCAGGUUGGAGCCUGCAUUGUGAAUGCAGAAAACAAGAUUGUUGGCAUCGGGUACAAUGGAAUGCCAAAUGGAUGCAGUGAUGACCUGUUGCCAUGGAGGAGGACAGCAGAACAUAAGCUGGACACUAAGUACCCUUAUGUGUGCCAUGCCGAGCUGAACGCCAUCAUGAACAAGAACUCAGCCGAUGUGAAGGGAUGUAGUAUGUAUGUCGCCUUGUUCCCAUGUAAUGAAUGUGCUAAGCUCAUCAUCCAGGCAGGUAUAAAGGAAGUUAUUUUCAUGUCUGAUAAAUACCACCACAGUGAAGAGACAACAGCUGCAAGGCUCAUGUUUAAGUUGGCUGGUGUUACAUUCAGAAAAUUCACACCGAAGUACAGCAAGAUUGUCAUUGACUUUGAUUCAAUUAAUAGCCAGCCGAGUCAGAAACCUCAGUGAGUUUCAUCUCAUUAAAUCUGCAGAAGAUGAGGACUCUCCUCUUCUAAGGAGCUGCUGGCGCCUUUCAUCUUGAAGUUACGCAUAACUUUUUAAUAGCCAGCUCCGCUCAGUAGACAUCUAAAGAAUAUAAAGCCUCGAACCUUCCUCCUGUCACGUGAUCUACAUCUGUUUAAACUGUUGAUUUAGAGUUUAAAAUAAGGGGUGUCCUGUCCCCCAUGGCUGGAGCGAGGGUGUCUACUUUUACAGCUGGGGUGACCACGGUGGCUCUGCAAGAGCAUCAGCUGCCUGCCUUCACUGGAUUUCAACAGCUACUCUUGUCGCUACAUGGGCUGGAAGGACACAUAAAUAAUUGCUUUGCAUUCUUACUGGGGAUGAGCAGACACACUGAUGUGAACAUCUGGCCCAAAUGAAGCAUCACAUGUUAUACCCUUGGGGAAAUAAUAGGACCAAAUGAUGUUAGCAUUAAAGUAUUUACUGCAGAGUUGAGGGAACCCCCACCCGCCUACCCAGAAAUCUUAGAUAGGAUGGCACAUCUGUCUUGGCAGACGAUCAGCACCACUAACCCAGGAAUACCCUCUCAGUGCCUAUUUUCCUGCCAUAUGCACAGUAGUGGCAUAUUAACCCUCUGGGGUAGGGAACCCCUCUGGUUCCAGCUUCUUAUGUUUGGUUGGUUGGUUAACACAGGCCUGUUAAAUUUAGUUUAUCUGAGUAAGGAGUGGUUCCCAGAGGAGGCCCUAGAUGAAGCCCUGCUUGUGACAGCUGGGGUUGUGUGGAUGGGUGGCAUAAAGUAUCCCUCUGUCCCUGUUUCUCCAGCUGUUCAGAAACACAUCACCUCUGUUCCACAAGUCAGCAUCAUUCAUUUCCAAGGGCAACCUGCAACCAGAGAGUAAAUUAAAUCCUGUCCUCUAAGAAUUGUGGGAAAUCCUACCUGGAAAUGGUUUGUUCCAGAUCUGCUGACAAUUGGGGUUCCUUUGUGUCCCUGAUGCCAGGCCUUCAGCAACACAGACAGCACCAUCCUCUCACUGUAGUUGGGGAAUGCACCACUGUGGACCAUGUUUUAAAUCUCAUUUAACGGUUAUUAAGCAUGCUCAGUGCCUUUGUUGAGAAAUGAUUUCUUUACCUUAAAGAUCUUUUUUAGAGUGCUCGUAUUUUUUCAUGGGUUUUUAUUUUGUCUCUGAGGUUUUUGUAUUCUGUGUUCCAGGACUUGACUCCUUACCAAUAUUAUUAAAAUUGUAUUAAAACCCACCGGCACCAAAA